CCUGCGCCGGCUUCGCUCGACGACCACGCGAGAGCAUGAAGGCCUUCCUAAGGAGCUCGGACGGUGUCUUGGCGCUCAGGCCAAAGAUUACGACAAUAGGGAAGCAUGAGGACUCGGACAUCGUUCUUAAGUCUCCAGGGUUGGAAGACCACCACGCUGCCCUCGAGUUCAGUGACGCCGAGCAUAGCUUUGUUCUUCGGGACUUCAAUACUGGCAGCGGCUCCUUUGUGAACGACUGCCAGAUCCAGAAUGUGGCCGUGAAGGUGGGCCCGGGAGACCUCCUGCGCUUCGGCUCCGGCGGGCCAACCUUUGAGCUGGUACUGGACCACCCACCUCAGGCACCUUAUCCUCCGGUGAAUCGGCGCAUUGCCUGGCCGGGCCAAAUCCAGGUGGUUAGAGAGACAGCCUCCCCUCCAUCGGCAACAGCGGCUCCCCAGUUUCCAUUGCUUCCCUCUCAGCAGUCUUCACCCGCCAGCCCCAGCUGGCCCUCCGCAGCAAGCGGGACCUCCCCGCGCCCCCCCCUCCGAAAGAGGCUGCCUGGGAGCUCCUGGGGCAGGACCGUCUCCUCCUCUGCCUUCUCUCCUGAGCCUUCCAGCUGGCCUCCAGCCUCCCUCACAGGCAACGGAGCCCUCCCUGGCCCUCUCGCCAGCAGCCGCCCAGGGGAAGGGCUUCUCAAAGAGAAGGAAGAGACCAUUUUGAAACUGGGGGAGGAAAUCAACCGCUUGUCUGCCUUUGAAAGCGAGUGCAGCCGCAAGGACACGCUGAUCGCAGAGCUCCAGCACGAGAUUUCGGCCUUGAACGAGAAGGUGGUGGUAACUCUGGCCAAACAGGACACCGAGUUCCAUCAGAAGCUGGCCAGCCUCGACAGAGACUCCGAAGCCAAGGCCGAAGAGAUUAGGAGGCUGAAGGAGCAGGUGACCGGCCUGCAGAGAAACACCAGCGAAGUCUUGUGCCACUCCCUCUCGGACCGCGACCUGCAAAUCGCCCACUGGAAGCAGGAGAACGAAGCCCUGAAGAAGAGCCAUGCGCUCACCACAGGACUGGUGACCAGUUUGCAAAAGGACGUGGUCUCGAAGGAGCAGCGCAUCCAGCAACUGAAAACGGAGACCGAGAAGCUGAGGCAGGAGAGCCGGGAGAAGGACAGCCAGCUGGCCUAUGUUUCCGCCCAGUGCUGUAGAAUUAAAGCAGAGACCCAGCGGGAACUCAGGGACAGAGACCUAAGUGCCCACCAGAGUCGGAUCACGGAGCUGGAGCUGCAGGCCGGCCAGUCCAAGGAGGAGGUGAAGAAACGCUGCGCAGAGCAGGAGGCCUUGACCCGGAGGCUGGCCGAAGCCACCAGGGCCGAAGGGGAGCUGAAGCAAGAGGCAGAGAGGCGGGCACAGCAGGUGCAGGAGCUGGGCCGCCGAGAGCGUCUCCUGCGCUCGGAGGUGGAGCAGGCAGCCGCUCAGGCGCAGCGUUUCCGGAACCAGGUGGUGAGGGCCCUCUUUCCUGACCUUCCCGAGAAAGCUCUAACCAAUGAGCAGAUCAUUGAGGAAAUCCUUCAGGCGCAGGAGCGCCAGCAGGGCUCUGAGCAGAAGGAGGCCGAGCUGCAGAAGGAAGCGCAGAUCAAGGCCCUGGAGAUGGAGAAGCUCUCAUCCAACCUGGCCCUGCUGAAGAAGUUGCUUGAUGGAUUCCAGGGGCUCCUGGAGGCCUCUUUCUCUGCCAAGAGCCUGAAGGGGGCCAUCAGCCAGCUGCAGAGCCUGGCCCCCCUGGCCCCCCCGGUGUCAGGAAUCCAAGCCUCCCUGGCCCGCAUCCUCUACAGUGUGCUGGGCUGGGUGGAAGCGCUGGAAUCGCUGCUCCGGAACAUGGGCAUGGAUGCCCCAAAUCAGCUGCGGAGGGCAGAGGAGUCCCAGCACUCGACCCUGCGGGAGGAGCUGAGGGCGCUGAGGGAGCAGCUGGAGGGAGCGUUCCAGGCCCGAGAGAGAGAGAUCCGGGAGGAGGAGAAGCAGCAGAAGGAGAUCCUGGAGAGGAGGGCCACCCUGGAAGGAGCUGAGCUGAAAGCAGCCCUGGAAGAGGAGAGGACAAGGGGCCGCCUGUUGCAAGCGGAAGUGAAGGAGCUCUCCGCGGCCAUGGAAGGGAGAAGGGACCUGGAGAGGACAUUAAACGCCAGGGUGGAGGAGAGUCUGGGGUCUCUGGAAGAUGCGAAGAGGGGAAAGGCGAUGGCGGAAGAGAAGCUGUCGGUCUGGGAGAGGCGGCUGCAGGGCCUGGAGGCUGAGGCCGAGUCGCUGAGGCAGAAGCACCAGCGGGAGAUCUCGGAGUACCAGGAGCAGGUCAAGCAGCACGCCAGGACCAUCGUGGAGCUGGAGAAGAGGCUGCCCAGCGCUGCCCAGCAGGCGGAGGAGGAAGGCGCUGCCCAGCCAAGAGGAACGAAGAAGGAGCCGUGCAAGGCUCCCUUGCCUGCCUCCCCCGGGCUGUGCAUCAUGGACGAGUUUCACGCUUUCCUGAAGGAGGAGCUGGCAGCUGCCAAGCAGGAGAUCCAGGCCAACCAGGCGGUCGUCGCGGAGCUCAAGAGGGAGCUUUGCCAGGCCAGAGCCACGAUGUCCGACGUGAUCGGGGAGCUGAGUGAAAAGCAGAAAGCGGAGCUGGAGGAGAAGCGGAGCCUCGUGCAGAGCCAGGCCCGAGAACUCGGCCUCCUGCGGGAGGAGCUGUCGGAGGCCUCCAGGACGCUGGCCCAGAGGGAGACCGACCUCCGAGCCACCACCGAGCAGUUAAGGAAGGCCAGAGAGAAGGUGAAGGAGCUGCUGGCGGAGGCGCAGGAGGCGAAGGCCGUGGAGCCGGCCAAGGUUGUGCAGCACAAGGGCGUGCAGACCACGGGGGCCCUGCAGGACCAGGCCCCCCCUGCUGCAAAGGAGCCCCCGCUCUUGUGCCUGGCUGACCUGGGAGCCAGGUGCAAAGGCGCUCGCCACGAGGAGGUCAUCCAUCGGCAGAAGGAGGCCCUGGCUGAGCUGCGCAAGAAGCUCCGGAAACUGGACACGGACACAAAUAACUCCCAGCCGCUUCUGGUUGUGCGGAAAGGGCCGGCAGAGAAGCCAGAGCAGGCGAGGGAAAAGGGCCCCGCGACGAUGGUGUUGAAGGUGGCAAUGGAUGCCCACCAGCCUCCAGCUGGGCCCUCCGGCAUCGACCUCAACGUGGCCACUGAGAGGACCGCCAGGCUGGAGAUGGCUGAUGCGCUGGACCUCAGCGAGAACCUGUACCUCAGCCUUGUCCGGGGCCUCUCAAGCCUGAUGGAUGUGGAGCAGCUGAUGGGCUUGCGGACUCUCAAGCACCUGUCCCAGGCCGAGCGGGAGAAGGUGAGCCUGCUGCGCCAGAAGAACCUGGAGCUGCUGCUGGACAGGAUCAGCAAGCUGAAGAGCCGCCUGCAGAGGAAGGAGUCCCUGCUGAGGGAGUACGAGGGGGACGCCGGGCCCUUCAGGAGCAACAAGCCCAGCCUGCAGGCCUGCCGGUCGGAGGUGGCCAAGCUGGCUGACCAGGUGUACAGGGACGCAGAGGAGAAGGCGCUGCUGAAGGAGGCACUGGAGAGGACGCAGCUGCAGCUGAGCAAGGAGAAGAGGCUGAACAAGGCCCUCAAGAAGCCCAAGACGCCAGCCGCAAGGAAGCCGCUCUCCGAGAGUCCGAAGGCAGCCGAGGGGCCGAGGGAGGCCUGCAGACCCCGAGUGCCUUGCAGCGGCUGGGCAUAAGCGACCCCCUUUCCGGAGCGCUGUGGGGCAGGAACGGCCCUGCCGCUGUAAAUAGGAGAUGACCUGUUUUGUAACUGCGCAGGCGCCUCGUCCAGGCAGCCGGUGGCCCCUCUGUCUACGCCUCCGCUGCGAGAGAAGCACCGCCGGAGGUGCCCAGGAUAAAGGCUCUGCCGCCCUGCCAUCCGCCUCAGCUGGCGUCUUUGGGGCAAGCCGGGGAGGGGCUCUUUUCCACUGGGGGGGGCGGGGCGGGACCCUAAUCCACAGCAAGCCAGUGGGACUUGGGAGCUGUUCUCUGGGGGCUUUGGGGGCAACGUGGGUUGGGGGCAGGCGAUGGCAUUUCACAGAGACCCGAGCGGGAGGUUUUCCCGGGGGGAGGGUUUUAUGACUCCCAGGCCGAAGCAACGUCUCCCUUGCUAAGUUUGGCUUCUCAGGAUGAACCGAGGUUUGCCAAACCCUCACCUGCUGGCUUGGGGGGUGGGGGUGGGGAGGGGGCGCUCUUGUUUCUAAAGUGGGGUGAAAGCUGCCACCCGGGAGGGGCAGGGUGGCCGAGGAGCUCUGCUCAGACGUGGAUCCCCAA